CUCUCCAGGACGAAAAGCCAUUUUCUUAAAUGAUAUAUCGAUUGGGUAUUACAAUUCGAACACUUGGCUCUUGCCUGACCCCUUGACCCUAUCUUGAUAUAAUUCUCUCCCCCCUGUUGCUCAAAUCCCAGCAUUCCCCUCAGUGUCACUACCCGGCACCAUGCCUCCCAACACCGCAAAAGCUAUCGACGACCCCAGCGACGACGCCUACGUUGCACAGGUCCUUGCGCGUGAAGCACGGGAUAGCUCAUUGAAAUACUCGGCGCAUGGAUUGGAAGCGUAUAUGCCCAGAAGGCCUACAGGUGCCGCUCCUAAACCGAACACUCGAUUCCUCCGAAAUAUCAUCCGAGAAACAGACAAUCAUAAUGCAGCAUUGAAGCGCAAAGAAGAACGGGAGGCCAGGGAGCGAAUGCGACAGUUAAAAGCCCAAGGAUCGUCCGCUUCAUCGCAGGAUGCGAAACGCGAACAACGUCGCAGUCAGCGUACGUCAGAUGACCGAGAAUCACGACAUGAAAGGAGACGAGAUCGCGAGGGAAAAUCCAGCUCUCAUCGAAGGAGACAUAGGAGUCGUUCAGGAUCUACGGAGAGGGACCAAUCGCAUAGGAGUCGACGGAGACGCGAGGCUAAGGGUACCGAUGAUGACCGCCAUAGACACUCUAGGAAGAGCCGUCGCGAUCGAUCAUAUUCCCGAUCCAGAAGCCGAUCCCCAGAAGCCGAUCGGGAAGCCGAUUCUCACAGUCGUCGCCGACGUUAUCGCAGUCGCUACGAGUCGUUGUCGCGAUCCCGAUCCCGGUCCCCGGAAGCUUCUGACAGGCAGAGGAACAAAGACAGCGAGCGCAGGAGCCACAGGAGCCCUCGUGAACAUGAGUCUUCUAAAAGACGUGGUACAACGAUACGCAAGAAACAUCCACCACCUCGUACACCACUCUUGGGGAACUCGGCUUCGGAUAAUGAGUCGGACCCUCUGGAAGACCUUGUCGGACCCCUACCGGCGAAAGUGGACAAUCGUGACUAUCCUGCACCGAUCCGUUCUCGAGGUCGGGGUGCCUACAAGCCCAAUACAAGCAACAUUGAUGCGCAUUUUGCGCCCGACUACGACCCCACUACGGAUGUUCAUUUGGAGAAUGAUGACGGGCAGGCAGGUAGCAGGUCUACCCGCCGGCCCGUCCCAGGUUUAAUGAAUGGCGACGAUGACUGGGAAUUGGCCCUCGAAGCGCUCCGUGAUCGGGCUCGGUGGAAGCAGAGAGGCGAAGAGAGGCUGCGGGAAGCUGGUUUCAGUAACGAAUUCGUGGACCGGUGGAAGACUAACACUACCUCCACGCCAGGAGAAGAUCCGGAGGGCCGGUUAGAGGACGUGAAGUGGUCGAAGAAAGGCGAGGGUCGAGAGUGGGAUCGGGGCAAGUUUGUUGAUGAGGAUGGGCAUAUUGAUGUCAAGGCUUCUUGGUAGCAUCGGUUCUUUUUGGGAAUAUAUGCAUGCCUACCCAAAUACUAGGCUUUUAGCUUCUCGGCGUUUUCUAGGCCACUAUUACAAUGAUAUAUCCAUUGAUACAAGCUGCAUGCUUGUAUCUGCCC